GGGCAGCGGCAGGGAGACCGACAGCCCCGCACACCCACUGGGUGGAGAAGGGGGCCUGCCGGGCUGCAGGAAUUCAGCCUCAGGCUGGGGGCUGUCACCAAGGAGGAAUUUCCCGGACCGGGGACCCCUCCACCCCACCCCUUUCACUGUGCUUCUUAAAGGGAUCACACCGUUUUAAUUCAGACUCCAGGGAAGCCAGACUUGGGACGCUCUUUGGAGACUUUGAAUCUUUCCCUCCGGCUUCCUUCCCAACUGGCAGCCUUCCUGUGGCUGGUUGAGUCGGGACCUCCCAGGCAUGGCACUGACCAGCCGACCCAGUGCUGACUUGGUGCCAGGGCUCAUUCAGCCUCUGGUGGCAUCUUGCUUUCUCCCUCCUGGGGCGCAGUGGUGAGUUAGGGGCGCCCAGCCCUGAGUGUGCUUGGAGCGUGUCGUUGGCACCCGCCCUCACCCUCUAUCCCCCAAGCUGGAGGACGGUGAGGCUGUCAGGGACUAUGAUGAGAUGAGUGGGGGCCGCUUUGACUUUGAUGAUGGCGGGGCAUACUGUGGGGGCUGGGAGGGGGGAAAGGCCCACGGACAUGGACUGUGCACAGGCCCCAAGGGCCAGGGCGAAUACUCGGGCUCCUGGAACUUUGGCUUCGAAGUGGCGGGCGUCUACACCUGGCCCAGUGGGAACACCUUCGAGGGAUACUGGAGCCAGGGCAAACGGCAUGGGCUGGGCAUAGAGACCAAGGGGCGCUGGCUUUACAAGGGUGAGUGGACCCACGGCUUCAAGGGACGCUACGGAACUCGGCAGAGCAGCAGCAGUGGUGCCAAGUAUGAAGGCACUUGGAACAACGGCCUGCAGGACGGCUAUGGCACCGAGACCUAUGCCGAUGGAGGGACCUACCAGGGCCAGUUCACCAACGGCAUGCGCCACGGCUACGGCGUGCGCCAGAGCGUGCCCUACGGGAUGGCCGUGGUGGUGCGCUCGCCGCUGCGCACGUCGCUCUCGUCCCUGCGCAGCGAGCACAGCAACGGCACGGUGGCCCCGGACUCGCCCUCCUCGCCGGCCCCCGACGGCCCCACGCCGCCCCCGGCCGCCAUCCCGCGCGGCGGCUUCGCGCUCAGCCUGCUGGCCAAUGCCGACGCGGCGCGGGCGCCCAAGGGCGGCGGCCUCUUCCAGCGGGGCGCGCUGCUGGGCCGCCUGAGGCGCGCCGAGUCGCGCACGUCGCUGGGCAGCCAGCGCAGCCGCGUCAGCUUCCUCAAGAGCGACCUCAGCUCGGGCGCCAGCGACGCCGCGUCCACCGCCAGCCUGGGCGAGGGCGCCGAGGGCGCGGAGGGCGCCGACGAGGCCGCGCCCUUCGAGGCCGACAUCGACGCCACCACCACCGAGACCUACAUGGGCGAGUGGAAGAACGACAAGCGCUCGGGCUUCGGCGUGAGCGAGCGCUCCAGCGGCCUCCGCUACGAGGGCGAGUGGCUGGACAACCUGCGCCACGGCUACGGCUGCACCACGCUGCCCGACGGCCACCGCGAGGAAGGCAAGUACCGCCACAACGUGCUGGUCAAGGGCACCAAGCGCCGCGUGCUGCCGCUCAAGAGCAACAAGGUCCGCCAGAAGGUGGAGCACAGCGUGGAGGGCGCCCAGCGCGCCGCCGCCAUCGCGCGCCAGAAGGCCGAGAUCGCCGCCUCCAGGACAAGCCACGCCAAGGCCAAAGCUGAGGCAGCGGAACAGGCCGCCCUUGCUGCCAACCAGGAGUCCAGCAUUGCCCGCACUGUGGCCAGGGAGCUGGCUCCGGAUUUCUACCAGCCAGGACCCGAGUAUCAGAAGCGCCGGCUGCUGCAGGAGAUCCUGGAGAACUCGGAGAGCCUGCUCGAGCCCCCGGAGCGGGGCCCAGGGGCCGCGGGGCCCCCGCCGCGCUCCCGCGAGAGCCCGCAGCUGCACGAGCACGAGCCCCUCGGGCCCGAGGGCGGGCCCCCGUCGCCGGCCGGGACGCCGCCGCAGCCCAAGCGGCCCCGCCCGGCGGCGACCAAGGACCGCCUGGCGAGCCCGGGCGCCUGGAACGGGGAGCCGGGCGCCCAGGGCAGCCGGCCGCUCACGCCGUCCGAGGGCGCGGGUCGCCGCAGCCCCGCGCGGCCGCCCACUGAGCACAUGGCCAUCGAGGCGCUGCAGCCGCCGCCCGCGCCGUCGCAGGAGCCCGAGGUGGCGCUGUACCGGGGCUACCAUAGCUACGCCGUGCGCACCGGGCCGCCCGCGCCGCCGCCCUUCGAGGACGAGCCGGAGCCCGAGCCCGAGGCCUCCGGGCCCGACUCCGCGCCGCCGUCGCCGGCCGCCGCCCCGCCGCGGGCCCCCGAGCUCCCGCCCGAGUCCCCGCCCCAGUCCCCGGCCAAGCUGGAGCCCAAGCCCAUUGUCCCCAGAGCCGAGCCCAAGGCGAAGGCCCGCAAGACGGAGGCCCGAGGGCUGACCAAGGCGGGGGCCAAGAAGAAGGCUCGGAAGGAGGCGGCGCUGGCAGCCGAGGCCGAAAUGGAGGUGGAGGAGGUCCCCAACACUGUCCUUAUCUGCAUGGUGAUCCUGCUGAACAUCGGUCUGGCCAUCCUCUUCGUUCACCUCCUGACCUGACCCUUGUCUACCAGAGCCAGGAGUUUCUGCCGAGGAUGGGAGGGACCCACCUUUCUGCGCUACCAGGCCGGUGGCACUGAGGUCCAGCUCGCCUCCACACCACAUCUGUUUAAGGAGGCCUCCCCUGGCCCUGGCGCUGGGUGACAGAAGUGCCCAGAGGAACGGAAUGUGCUGGGGAUCCUCGGGAGCCCUGUGCCCGGCCUCGAAGGAAGAGCCCUGGUCUCUUGAGCGCGCCUGCCCCUCAUCCUCCCCCGUGUUCUCACCUUGCCGCUGGGGUCCCCCUUCCCUGAGCUUUUGUGUGUUUUGGGAGAGGUCACUAAACCAGGAUAGUGAUACUAACUCCCAGCCCCUUUCCUUCCACCCCUGCCCCCUUUCUUUUAACCGCCUGGCUGCCGAGGGAAUGACAGAUCCCUGGGGCAGGCGAGCCGGGGACCCAGCCCCCGACGGCGCAGAGGCCCUUGCCUUGAGUGGGCUCCACGCAGCACACACUCUGUCCCUUGCUUACAGAUGUUCAGGACGACAACGGAGGAAAUGGACAUGCUCAGUUUGGGUGCCGGGACCCAGUGCUCCUGUCUCCUCCCACCAGUCCAGUCGGUGUCCCUCUGGACCAAGAGAAGAGGGGGGGACACGAGGCACUGGAGCCUGGGCGGGAAGCCGGGCUCAGGGGCUGUUGGGAUGGCCCCAGUCUUUGAGAGGGCCUGAGCCCGAGGCUGCAUCGCUUGGGGCUUACAGUGUGCCCAGAGCGCUAAAGAGCCACCCACAGGAGCCCCGGGGCCGCCAGGAGAACGCUAGCGGGAUGUCCGUGGAUUGGUUUGUCGGUUUCCCUCACGAGGGCCCACCGCAGCCUCCAGGGAGAAUGAGCACGGAAGCCGUCGGAAGCCCUGGCAGAUUGCCCUGGGGCACACUCUCAGGCUGGUGCCCAAGACAGGCUGUUUGGCAACAAUCGUAUCCCAGGGAGAGAAGAUCGAGUCUGGGGUCCCCGAUGGGGGUCGUCCGUUGACUACUGAGCCCCCUGGCUUGCUUGGCAGAAGAUGGUAUUUGCAUGUAGCUUAUUACAGAUGUUUUGUACCACA